CGAAGGACCGACUGCGCUUUAGCGUCCGUACGUGUCCGGGAAAAUCCGUUGGCUUCAAGGGGCAACGAUGGCGGCCCUGUGCCUGCAGAAGCUGCUGCCGGGGGCCCCGAAGGCCGCCGUCGUCCACGGCGGGAGCUGCGCGGGCGCCUGCGUCCUGCGUCGGCUGGCACCGGGCCCGCUGUGGCCGGUGGCCCGGACCCCGCUCGCCCGGCCCUUCUGUUCGGCGGAUGAGGCGGUGGGGGGGGAGCCGCGGGGGAAGAAGAUGCCGUCCAAACCGACCAUCAGCAACGUGGGCAGGAAAAUCCAGCACCGCGUCCUGCGGUUGCUGGAUGAGCGCGGGGAGGACUUGGGAGCCAUGCACCGGGCAGACGUGAUCCGCCUCAUGGAGGAGCGCGGGCUGAGACUGGUCCUGCUGCGGCCCGCUGCCGACCCCCCGCUCUACCAGCUGCUCACCGGGAGCCAGAUCCAUGAGGAACGGCUCCGCCUCCGGGAGGAGAGCAAGGCCAAGCCCCAGACCGGACCUACCCAGCUGAAGGAGUUAAUCUUUUCCUCAAGCAUCACGCAACACGACUUACACACCAAGACGAAGCAGAUUCAGGACUGGAUCGAGAAGAAGCAUCAAGUCCGAAUUACCAUAAAGAAAGGGAAGUUCGUAAAGGAAGAGGAGCAUAACCUGGAGGGGCUCUUCGAUGAGAUCCUCCAGGCCGUCCCGAUCCUGGUGACCUUCACGUCGAAGCCCCGAGUGAUCAAAGACGGAAGAGCGGCGACGUGCGUCCUCCGGGCCAUGAGCAAAAAGGAAAUCAACGAAUAUAAGAAGACUCAGGAAGAGAAGCAAGGCGGGCGGGGUCUGUCGCCCGGGAAAAGCGGGGAUGAGCCCUGUGGGUCCGACGGCCUGCGGCAGUGAUGUUUGCUAAGGGAAAAUACAGCGCAAUCCAAGCGAGAGCCAGCCGGACCGGGCCCGCUCGCGGGCUCACUCGCCCAGGGUCAAGGUCGCCACAGUCGGGAACGUGUUGACUUCGCCGCCGGGCAGCCCCGGGUCACUUCCAGGCAGAAGGGCCUCGACGUCGCCUCCGGGUCCGGAGCGGGGAGGGAUGUACCCACUGAGGCGAGAAGCCAGCGUCCGCUUGCUCCGAGGUCGCUUCACCUUCCGGGAGAAAACACACCACCGUGGCAGACGAUCAACACCGAGCUGCUAUUUUAAGAAGGAAAUUUAGCUCGUUCUCCCCGUUGGUGGCGAGGAGAAGUUUACAUAAUCGGUCCCUCGGGGUUGGCCGAUUUUUUUUUUUACUCUUACCCCCCAACCCCGGACUCCUGUCAAAAACCCAGACGUCCGUGAGUCAGUGGGUGAGCUUUCCAGAGCCGUCAGUGUUGGCACCAUUCGUAGCUUCCCGUCCGCCCAGGAGGCCCGGGGUCGGCUGAGCGAGUCGCCUGUGGCGGUACAGGCUUGCACUCAGCAUUCCUCUCUUACAAUAAACUCAAGUACCAAAG